AGAGUUGCGUGCGAAGAGCUCGACAUGUCAUUCAGUGGAAUCCGCCACCUGAAACGCGAGGAAGUGAAGGCGACUCAUUUGAGUAUAAAGCAUCAGCGGCCAACAUCUGCCCCGAGCAGCGCAGCGCUGAUGAAAACAUCAGCUCCCAGCAACUCUCUCAUUUAUCUCAUUUCGCGUGGAUUUAUUACUGGGCUUUUUUUUUAUUUCGAGUGGGCGCUCGUGGAGAGGCAUCUUUUGUUUUUUUUUGUUUUGCUUUUUUUUUUUGGUCUUGUUUCUGCACUUAAUGUGAUUCAACAAACGACACUAUACUGGAAUUAACCGCCACCCACAGGACGACAGGAGCACCUGUUACCUCCACGGAGCGCAGGAUCAUGAUUCCUCCUGGAGACUGCAUGUAUGCGGGCAGGAAGAGGAGGAAGCCCAUCCAGAAACAGAAGCCGUCCUCUGCCAAUGAGAAGACCAACCCGUCCAAGCGGCACAGAGACCGGUUGAACGCAGAGCUGGACCGGCUGGCCAGCCUGCUGCCAUUCCCCCCGGACGUCAUCUCAAAACUGGACAAGCUCUCUGUGCUGCGUCUGGCAGUGUCCUACCUCCGAGUCAAAAGCUUCUUCCAAGCGACCCAGGACAAGCCGUCCAGAAAGCACACCAUCAACCUUCCAGCGUCCAACCCUGAGUCCAGGAAAGACAGCCUCUCGGUGGGCAACUCAGUCAACGAGAGCGGCCUCCUGCUGGAGUCUCUGACAGGGUUCGCCUUAGUCGUGAGCAGCGACGGGAUGGUGUUCUACGCUUCUUCAACCAUUGUGGAUUAUCUGGGAUUCCAUCAGACUGACGUGAUGCACCAGAACGUCUUUGACUACAUCCACAUCGAUGACCGGCAGGAGUUCAGACGUCAGCUCCAUUGGGCCAUGUGUCCCCCACCACAUCAGGGGACCUCAGCUCACCAGGAGAACCAGAUUUCUGCAGGGACUGGCGAGGACUUUGUCGUCAGCAGCCUCUUCCACUCUCCUGAGGCUGGAGGAAUCCCUCCAGAACUCUCCUCCUUCCUCAACAGAUGCUUCAUUGCCAGAGUCCGAUGCCUCCUGGACAGCACCUCUGGAUUCCUGACGAUGCAGUUCCAGGGCCGGCUGAAGUUCCUGCACGGCCAGAAGAAGAAGUCGGCCUCCGGUGCUCUGAUGCCUCCGCAGCUGGCUCUCUUUUGCAUCGCGGUUCCUCUGCUGCUUCCCUCCAUCACUGACAUGAAGAUGAAGAACAUGCUGAUGAGGGGGAAGACUAAAGGAGGAGGAAUCAUCUCAACACUGGAGCAUGGCGGCGAGCGUGGGGAACACCUGCGUCGACACUCUUUCAGCGGGGAUGUUGGGGAUCCUCUCCUCCUCUCGUGCCCCACUCCUGGAGUCACCCAGCGGGGAAACCACACUCCCUGGACCCCCUUCUCCAAAGACAACCUCAAGUAUCGCCCUGAGGGCUACUACAACCAGGAGGAGCCGCUUAACUAUUGCAAGUCCUCCAUGGUUCCUCAUAAAGGUCUCAGUCCAGGUUUGGGUGGUGGCUGGCCCCUGCGACCCAACUCUGGGCCCCUCAGGUCAGGCCAGGGGGUGGGUUACGUCCCAAAUAACCGUUUAAACAAGGCCGGCCAGUACGGCAAACCCUACCGUCUGUCGCCCGGCUGUCACACUGGCCGGAAUGGUGAGGUGUUCGUCUCCAAGCUCUACGGAAACCUCCAGAUCCCCUCAGACCCCGACGCCUACUGCGUGGACUUGGUGAAGAGUGAGAAUGGCUACGGGGAAUGCUACGAAGGCCACCUGAUGCCGGAGAUGCCGCCUAUCAAGGUGGAGCACGACUCGGACUCGGAGAACGGCUGCGACCCCUACGGACGACCCUGGUCUUGCCGCGACCCAGAAGCGAUGGAGCGGCGCUACGCUAACGGAGUCUACGAUCAGAGUGGCGGCCUCCAGCUCAAAUCCGAGACCGACUACUACGACCUGCAGUACUCGCCAUGUCAGCGAGGGAAAGCCGGCAUCAGCCCGCCGUACAACAAUUAUCAGAACUAUGCGGUGAAUCACAGUGGGCGGUUGCUCAAGUGCGACAAAGACUUGGGCAACAAUAACAACGACGACAACAACCAGUUCAGCCCCCAGAGACUCUCGCACACUGACUCUCUAUGCAACAACCAGCCGGUCAACCUCAUGGACUCGCACGUGUAUCCGCAGGAGCACCACAAGGCCUACAUGCACCAGGACUACAACAAGCACGGCACUUAUGAGUUCAAAGGUCAUGGGCUCAUUCAUUCUAUCAAGAGGGAGCCCAUGGACUCGCCCCCCUGGUCUGAGGGGGGUCACGAUGUGAGUCAGCCCAUGAUGGGGGGUCAAAGGAACGUUAUGCCGUGUGUUAUGAGCACUGGACACCACAAAUCCGGACCCUACAUUUACAUGCCGUGAAUACCCCCCCACUUGUUUUCAGCCACCCUCACUACCAACACACACACACACACACACACACACACACACACACACACACACACACACACACACACACACACACACACACACACACACACAGACACACACACACACGGAUCUGUGUGUAUUUAAAUGUUCAGCAACAGUGUUCUCAAACACACGCACCAGCAUCACACAGAGACGGUCGGAUGGCAUCGAGGAGGUCGACAUAAGGGGUCGCCAAACUCAGGUUCUAGUAUUAGUGUCGUGACAAUCAAAAAUAAUAGUUUUGAUCCAAUUAAUGGUCCGACUUUUGUUUUCAAUGAUUUAUUUUUGUAGUUGUUCCAAGCACUUUUGGAUUUAGUGACAUAAAUGAUGUCUAGAAACACUCUUUUUGUUUUCGUUCAAUGUGUUGUGAACACCUUGCUUUUGUGGAAGAGAAACAAAGGUUUUUGCUGUUAAAAAAAAAAAAAAAAAAAAAAAAAAAGACUUUUGCAAAAUAUUGUACACAGGAGAUGACGCACACGUGUUACAGAGCUUCUUCAUUUCUGAUCAACCACACAGGAUUGAGACUCAUCGCUUCACAAUGAAACCUUUUUGUGGCUUAAACACGCGCCCCGCUUCUUCCACGACUACCUCCUGUACAAAUGUGUAGUGGUGCACUUGCAGACGACAAUCGAAAAAAAAAAAAAAACUCUCAAUAGCUUCACUUAACCAAAAGGGGAAUGGAACAUUACAAAAAUUGGAAAAAAAAAAAAAUGAAAAAGUUCAUUAUUCAUUGGAAGAUGCUUUUCAGUUUUGGAUCAACCCAGUUGGGUUGUUCUCUGUUGUAUUUUUCAAAAUUAAAAGCAUAAAAUAAAUGUGUUCACUGUUUACAUACAGUUUAGAAUAAGAAGGGCUAAAUCCACAUAAAAGGAGGGGCGGACAUCAGAUGGUUACAUUUAACAUGAGAUGUUCAGAGGCAGUUUUUAAUCCUUUGUUACAAACCAUGUCAAAAAGAUUUUCUGGCAAAUACAUGUGGAUAUCAUCGGCAUAGAGCUCACAGCAAUGCUGACCAGAACAUUCUACACAAAUUUCAUUGGCGCUCAUUCAUCUUCAUUUCAUUCAUUAAAGUGAGUCAAUGUUUUGACUUCACAAAAGCAGGGAUGGUGUUUCAUCUUCCAGUAAACGAAGAGAGAGGUAUAUCUCCCUCUCUGAUCAGGACUUCAGGAAAUCACAGUUUUGGGAUAAAAGGUGGAAUUUCGGAAACAUAUUUGGCAACAGCAUUUGACCUCUGAUGCAUGCUACGAUAGGAACCCCAAACAAAAAGACAAUCACCGUUUCCAUUUUGACCUUAAAAUGAAAGGCAAAAACACUUAAGUACAAAUGAUGAUGUUUUAUGUUGUCGCUUGGUGAAAUUGAUGUUGUACAGAUCGGAUUGUUGAAAACAAACAUUUCUUUGUCAUUGUCAUCACUGGCUCUCAAUUGAAUUUGCACAAUAUACUUAGAAAAAAAAAAAAGCACCAAAAUGAGUCUCAGUUCUGUGGAGCUACUGUGGUAGUUACCGAAAUUGCACUACUGGGACUAGAUCAGAGGAAACCGAACCCCGACACGCACAACUGUUCAUGUGUCACUGUUUUCAAUUUGUCGUUUUUCUUCUUUGUGUGUUCAUUUCAAUAAAUGUUUGAUGAGUCAUAUUUAUUGUAAGAGGCAAAAGUGUGUAAUUUAAAGAAACCGCAGUCAUAUGAAGGCUUUUAUUUUACAAAACGGAAAUGGCUUUUUGGUUCUUGUUACCUUUUUAUUUUGAUAAAGCGAAGGUUGAGGAAGGAGGCAGCAGCAGCAGCAGCGAGGAGGUGUAAAUACGACGUGUCUCCCCGUGUUUCUACAUGUUUUUGCAAAUGGGACUUGUCUAUUCAUUAAAAGAUGUUUCUUUGUAUGGAAGCACGGAUAUGUUGUCGACGUUUCUUUCGCUGUUGAAGAGUUGAUAAAUAAAUUAGGCCAUUACUGCCAGAUGGCUGACUAAGCUGCAUAAAUCGAUCAAUUAAUAAACCAAUUUAAGUCACCAGGCGGUACGACUUAGUAAUUAAAAAGCAACAACGGGCAGGCA